UUCCAGUUUAGAGCACUGUGCCCAAUCCACCACAAACGUGCGAACGACGACAAAAUGGUACCACAUUACCUCCUCGUUCUGACCUUGGCAGUGGCCGCAAGCGCCAGAACAGCCACAAACCAUAAAGCAGAGGCGAGGAGUUCAGAGGACACCAUCGUAGGAGACCUUAAAAUCGCAUACGAAACAUAUAAGGACUGCAGUGGCAGCGAUAUCGCGAACUGCCUAAAAUUCAAACUAGCCAAAGCCUUAAACAGGAUAUCAAGAAGCGAAGAAAUCUCCAUCCUAAACGGUGUGACGAUAUCCAAAAACAAGGACGCAGUCCAAAAUGUGGAAGUUGAAGAAGCGAUUCCGAGAGGUCUUGACGAGGGCUCGUUGGACAACCUUAUCUUGGACAAAAUCGUUGGAUUCAUGCAAUCUCAUACCAUCCAGGUCAAAUUCCCGACCGGUUCAGAUCUACAACGCGCGUUCGCGGAAGACCGCGGUAGGAGGAAGAAGUUGGCCCCCCUCCUCGCUAUACCCCUUCUGAUCGGAGGUAUGAUGGUGCCCCUGGCCUUCGGAGCCCUGGCCCUGCUAGCUGGCAAGGCUCUGAUCGUGUCCAAACUGGCCCUGGUUCUGGCUGGUAUCAUUGGCCUGAAGAAACUGUUGUCUUCGAACGGAACUGGAGAAGCUCACGAGGUUGUGGUCUCGGCAGGACACGGAGGUGCAGGGUGGAGCAGGUCCUUAGAAAACGCUCACGACCUAGCAUACAACGCUUACACCCAAAUGAGGCUGUACGCGUUUGUCCUAUUUCUCAUAGCCGGGGCGAGGGCUAUGCCAGCCCUGGAUAAGGAGGCCAAUGACCCCGGCCUGGUCAACAACGUUAUGCUCGUCGUCAAAGAGUGCGUCGACGCAGAUGUGUCCUUGUGUUUGAAGGAAAAAGCGAUGAAAUAUGUGGAAAGCUUAUCAUCAGCUCGUGAAAUGAAUUUGGCCGAAGGUGUCACAUUAUUGGGCACUGGAUCACCGAGGUCCGCGAGGUCAUACGAGCCUUUGGCUGAAGACCCGAAGGCCAGGGAGGCGCAAAUUGAGACUAGGAUCGUGGAUUCCACUACCGAUUUCCUGGAGAACCAUGUGAUCCAGUUCCGCAUGCCUUCAUCAGCCGUUGAGGGGAUGAAGCGAUCUCUUGAAGAAGCUCGUGGCAAAAAGAAGAAGCUGAAACAACUCAUUCCCCUCUUAGCUAUCGCUAAGCUCAAGAUCAUGGCCCUCAUUCCUCUGUUCCUUGGUAUCAUCGCCUUUGCUGCCGCCAAAGCCGUCCUCUUAGCUAAGAUUUCCCUCCUCGUUGCUGGUAUCAUCGCUUUGAAGAAGCUUCUAGCCAGCAAACACCACGAAACAAGCUAUGAAGUUGUGGCUCAUCCACACCACGAAGAACACUACGCUAGCAGCGGUCACGGUUGGGGAAGAUCAAUCGAUGAGGCACAAAACUUAGCCUAUUCAGGCCAUAUCAAAUCAGAUUAAGACAAAUAAGGGUCUCACAAGGAGCACCUAUAGGUCUUAUUUAUUUUCUUAGGUAUACGAACGAAAACUCGAAUAUAAAUCGCGCGUUAUGAGUUAUUUAUUUGAUAGUUUUAAGAUUAUUUAUUGAAUAUUUAUUAAUCGAAGCCCCUUUGUAAGGGGCGGUAAUGAACGAUUAAUAUGUUGUUGUUGUUUUCCAUAAAAAUGUUCUGAAUUUGUAUGACCCCACUUGUUAUACUAUAUUAGUAUAUUCUUUUCAAACCCUAUACGGUAUCCGUAUUUGUGUAUUUUGUUAUAAACAAAUAAUUUACUAUACUUGUCGCUAUAUCUUUGUGAUCUAGUCCUAGUCCUUUUCUAUAAGUCCUAAAUCUCAUAUACAUAAUAUUUUGUAAUUUAUAUUAUUGAUAUUUCAUUUUGUAUUUUAAUUUAUUUAUAAUUUUAAUACCUACAUUUUUUUUGUAUUAUAUAAAUUUAUGAUGUAUAUUUUGUAAAUAUUGUAUAUAAUUAUUGUUUUAAGUAUUUAUGAUUUUAGUGCUGUAUUAUUUUGCCUAUUCAUUUUAGUAUAUGAAUAAGUUUAUAUUAUUUUAUAUAAUAUCUUAUCAUUUAUCUCGCUCAUUACUAUUUAUAUUUCUUAAAUCUAUAAAAUCUAUAUUUUUAUAUAAUUCUUUCUUAAUGAAAUUUCAUGUUAUUUUAUAUUUUGUCAUACUUCAUCGUUCAUACUAUACAUUUUAUACAUCUAAUGUAUUUAUUAGUUUAUGAUCAUCAGAUUAUCAUUUUAUUUUCACAUUCAUUAUCCUAUAUAUUAUUUUAUUUAUUUUGUAUAACAUUCCUGUAAUAUCUAUUGUGUCCGUCAAAAGACUCGUACAAAUAAAGAAUUCGAA